AUGAAGGCUUUCGCAGAAGUCUUAACAAAAAUGUGGUCGGAGGAUUCGACUGGCCAAGGUGUGGAUAUGAUCUCUUUGAAGGGCGCAAUUCAAAGAUUUGCCCCGUGCUUCAUCGGCAAUGCACGGCAAGACUCUCAAGAGUUCCUGCGGUUCCAGCUCUUGGGUUUGCACGAGGAUAUCAAUGAGGUCAUCGAGAAGCCGGAUCCUUAA